AUGCCUGUAAUUAUACACCCGUAUGCGUAUACGUGGGAAAUUUUACACACGUAUGCGUAUACGCUACGCGCGGAGCACUACGAGUCGAACGAUGAAGCCACCUCUGCUAGUGUUCGAAGAUUAGCGUUUGUCAUUUCUGCCUCAAAGCACGUCCUCGCUAGAGUCGCUACUGCAGUGAAUAAAGACCCGAAUUUUCCCGAAGAACUCGAGAGCACGGGAUCUGGGGAAGGACAGUGGACACUGUUGGGUCAUCCCGGAUCGCCUCCGAGUUCAAUACUCAAUACAAUUGAGCAAAAUCACACGAUGCGUGCUGUCUCUGCUCCAAGACGAUGCAAGAAAUGCGUUUCUCCGCUUCUACCACACCCAGUUCUGCCAGCACACGCCGGACAGAUAACAGGAAGAUACCUGCUGUUCCCCGAGGGACUUAGAACGAGUCUUCACCGAGGCACGAGAAUGUGGUGA